AAGAUAUGGACAGAAUCAGCGGGUUAUGUGAUGAGCUGCUUAUUAAGAUAUUAUUGUAUGUUCCGACUAAAGUUGCUGUAUCCACUAGCAUUUUGUCUAAACGAUGGGAGUAUCUUUGGAUGUGGUUGCCUAAAUUUGAUUACGGUAGUAAACAUUAUUCACCUUCUGAUUGCGAAAUGUUACAGUGUUUUCUUGAAAAAAAUCUGCCGUUGCAUAGAGCUCCGGUUAUAGAAAGCUUUCGUCUUGUUUGUAGUUCAGAGUUUAAAGCUGAGAAUAUCAAGCUUUGGGUUGUUAUAGCAGUUUCUCGCUGCUUACGUAAGCUGAAGGUCUAUUAUUCUUCAUAUCCGAUGAAGCCAAACAUAUUGCCUAGUAACUUGUAUACAUGCAAAUCGCUCGUGAUCUUGAAACUCGAAGGCAAUAUUCUCUUGGAUGUUCCUCGAAUGGGUGUUCUUCCCUCUCUGAAAACUUUGCAACUUAAAAGAGUAAUAUACUUCAAUGAAGAAUCUCUUCAACGGCUUCUAUCUAAUUGCCCUGUUCUUGAAGAUCUAUUGGUGGAUUUACGUGAGGUUGACAACAUGGGAAAGUUAACUGUUGUUGUCCCAUCUUUGCAGAGUUUAUCGCUCUAUAUACCUUAUAAUUUUGAUAUAGAUGAAAUUGAGAUAAGAACUCCUUUUUUAAAGUAUUUUAAACUUGAAGAUUGUAAUGAUAAGAGUCACUAUUGUUUGGUUGAGAAUAUGCCUAACUUGAUGGAGGCAUAUGUAGAGGUUGGUUUGGAUAACAUCAAGAGUCUUAUUGGAUCAAUCACAUCUGUCAAGCGUCUUUCAAUAUGUAUAUCUUCAAAGGCUAUGUAUGAUGAAGGUUUUGUCUUCAACCAGCUUGAACAUCUGAAGAUAUGUUUUGGGGAGUUUUCUUCGAAUCUGCUUGUCCGACUGCUCAAAGAUUCUUCUAACUUACAAGUACUAGACCUUUCUGAAAUGGAUGAUCACUGUCAUGAAGAUAUGAUGGUUAACUGGAUUCAACCAAGUACUGUCCCUGAAUGUAUGUUGUUGAGUCUACAAACUCUCAAAUGGUGGGGAUACAUAGGAACACCAGGAGAGAGAGAUGUGGCAGUUUAUAUCUUGAAAAAUGUCGUUCACUUAAAGACUAUGACAGUCACAUCAUUUGAAGUAGAAGUUCCAAAAUUUGAGAUGAUCAAGGAGUUGGCACUUUCUUCUAGAGCUUCAACAGCAUGCCAACUCGUGUUUAAUUGUCGAUGA